AUGCUUUCCUCAAAGCUAUUCCUCCUCCUCUUUUCCUCACUCACGUCCGCUCUCGUCAUCCCCAGAGACUACGACGUCCCAGCCGGCUACUGCUGCUUCACCCUCACCGACCCUUCCACGAGCCAGGUCAUCCAGCAGAACAAAGAAUACGGCUUCCUCUACUUGGACGCCAGCCAGCCAAAGGGGUGGUACUGCUUCAACUCGGCCAAGUCACAGCCCAUCCUUUGGGAUGAUUUCAACAAUGCUUGCAUCAUUGACUGGGAUGGACACUUUCAAUGCCUUGAUCCCACCCCUGGCGAUGACGUGUGGACGUUGGGUCACGGCGGUAGCAGCAGCGAUCUUUUGCUACUUCACAACGGCUCUCCGACGUACCAGGCGUGUCCGGACCAGUCUGGGGGUGAAUUCAUCUCCUCUGGUGGAUCUGAAACUGGAUGCAGGAAUAUUCAGUUGGAAGCAACAGGCCUUCAGGGAACAUGCUCAGGUUAUACUGCUUAG